AUGGAGGACAGAAAGAAACGUCCUGUGGCACGGUGUGAUCCCUUCUCUGUAGACCUGGACCAGUAUGAUGUGGUUUCUCUGACCGACGCUCUCAGGGGUUUCCUGCAGGACCUUCCAGCCCCCAUCGUCCCUGGAAGCGUCUACAGCGAGCUGGUCUACACCGCUCAAGAGAGUCAGAGUGUGGAGGAGUGUGGAGACAGGCUGAAGCAGAUCCUGGAGUCUCCCAGCGUCCCUCAGGCCAACCACCAGCUCCUGGUCCACCUCAGCACACACCUGGCCCGGGUCAGCCAGCAAACCCAGGCGGCCCCCCGGCUCCUGGGGCAGGCCUUCAGCGAGACCGUCUUCCAGCAUUCCGCUGUCAGUGCGGAUGUUAACCCGGAGCAUCACGUCAGGAUCUUGGAGGCUCUGAUCACAGCAGGAGGUCUCAUGGAGAUGCAGGCUGCACCAG